CUGACAGCAGCACGACCAAGCGCACCGCAGCGGGACACCAGCGAACUUUGUUCAAGUGAAGACUUCCCCAACCUCAGACACUGUGGGCAUCAAAGUGCCCCGUAACUGCAACAUGGCCGACCCAGAUGGACAGAUGCUGCCCGGGACCAUCCAGAUGUUCGUUCGCGGCGACUCUGGCGAUCUUCAUGACCAGGAGCUCAUUUUGACACCACCCCCGACGAAUAGCCCCAACGAUCCUAUGAACUGGUCGCCUUUACGGAAGUACUGGCAUGCGGCGUUGGUGCUGUAUGUCACGGCCCUCACUGCCGCCAUCUCUAAUGACGCCGGUGCCGCCGCUGACGGUCUGCUGGAAGAGCUCAACAUAUCAUAUGAUGUUGCCAACACGGCUGCGGGAGUACUCUUCGCCUCGAUUGGCUACUGGGCGCUGCUAGCUUCUCCUAUGCCAUGGCUAUAUGGCCGUCGCAUUCAAUAUUUGAUCUGCUUGACCUUCGGUCUCGUAGGCUCUAUCUGGUUCGCUCGCAUACAAAACGUACAAGACUCCAUCUGGAACCAAAUGUUUGUUGGAGCGUCUGAGAGUUGCGCAGAGGCAUUGGCGCAACUUUCACUGUCCGAUCUAUUCUUCCAGCACCAGAGAGGCUCGGUUCUUGGUAUAUACAUCUGGGCGACGUCGGUCGGGACUUUCCUAGGUCCAUUGAUCGCAGGAUAUAUUGCCAUAGAAAGUUGGAGAUGGAUUGGUUGGACAGGCGCGAUUGUGUGCGGGUGCACUUUGCUCGUGUUCUUCUUCGGCUUGGAGGAGACGUCCUUCCAUCGUGAAGCCGUCCUUGGCCGGCAGCCUGGCGGGUCAGCUAUCGUCACACUUGCAGACGACAAGAAAGCACCAGACACCCCCGAGCCAAUCGACUGUCUUGCUUCCAAUGACAGCACACAGAUGGGCGCUGAUCGCAAGAAGUCAUACAGAGAGCGUAUCGCAGUCAUUACUCCAGCGCCCAACAUGAUUGGUCUGGGUUUCAAGCAGUACUUUCGCCGUCUAUUCCAUACUCUUCGAGUCUUUGCUUUCCCGGCUGUCAUUUACUCUGGCCUACAGUGGGGAGCCCAAGAUGCAUGGCUUACUUUUUAUCUGACUGUCGAAGAGGACAAUUAUUAUGAAGCUCCAUGGUUCUACACCAACCAGGCCGUAGCAAUUAUGAACGUACCCACCCUCAUCGGCGCAACCAUCGGCUGUAUCUACGGUGGUUGGUUCUCCGACAUCUUCGUAAAAUGGAUGGCAAAGCGACGCGGAGGCGUCUCUGAAGCCGAAGAUCGCCUUUGGCUCAUGUACCUUUCCGCCAUCAUCAAUCCCGCCGGCCUUAUGCUCUUCGGCAUCGGAUCCUCCAAGGGUUGGAACUGGCCCGGACCUUAUAUCGGACUUGCUAUGACCGGAUUCGGCUUUGGUUGCGCAGGCGACAUCUCCAUGGCAUAUCUCAUGGACGCUUACCCGGAAAUGGUCCUCGAAGGCAUGGUGGGCGUCGCUGUUAUUAAUAACACACUCGCAUGCGUUUUCACGUUUGUGACGAGCUACUGGAUCGACGCGAGCGGAUUAGCAGGCACUUUUAUUGCUAUUGGAGUCCUCUCGUUGGUUUUCCAUCUCACGACUAUCCCGAUGAUGAUCUGGGGUAAAGCUUGUAGGCGCUGGACGUAUCCGCGUUAUCAGCGCUUCUUGUAUUUACGCGAUGGCGAGCGAUAAAUUACCUAUUCCACAAUCUUUCUCUACCUGCAUUGCCAUGUGGAGAGUGUGUACCUACCUUAGAUAUAGGUACAUCAUCAAAAAACAGUCCCUUACCU